CCAGAAACGUCAUUGACACCUCGUGACCAAUGAGAAGCCAGCAUCCCCAAUAAAGACCCGCGUUCACGAGCCCCUUCACCACAGAAGAACUUCCUGAAGAACACAGACCAACGGGAAUAUACGUGUUUUCUUACUCUUCAACAGAUCAUGGUUACUCCAAAAAUGGCAAAUCGACGAGCAGCGAAAAGAAUCUUGAAGCCCGUGAUAGAGAAGAAACGGAGAGACCGGAUUAACCAGCGUUUAGAUGAGCUGAGGACACUGCUCCUGGAGAACACUCUAGACUCGCGACUUCAAAACCCCAAACUGGAGAAGGCUGAAAUUCUGGAACUAACUGUUGAAUACAUUCGGACAAAAGCCACAGCUGGGAGACAUAGUCUAGGCGACUCUAACAAAGACUCGGACCCCCAUGAUGCCCCCGCUCCGACUGCGCUCUCAAGGAGACCCCACAAACCCUUGGCUCCAGUCCCCGAGUCUAUCAGUGUCCAGAAGCAGAUGCCCUCCAAUCCUGUCUACAAAGCUGGUUUUAAGGAGUGUGUGUCCCGCCUGGCGAGCUUCAUCGACUGUGUAGAGCCGUCCCAGCGAGACAGCUUCGUUCAAGGCCUGUGUCACCACCUUGACUCCUACAGCUGUGCUCUUUCCCAGGGAAGAGUUUCCAGCCAAGCUGCCCACCAUCCGUGGAUCCCAAACGCAGAGUUGACGUGCAGGACGGACGUCCCUGCGAUAGGACACAUGAGAGCCAACGCCGAGCCGUUUUCCUACACCAAUAGUUUGUAUCCUCAAUCUUUUCUGCUCCAUCCCACAGGACAGGCCAUGACGCAUCCCUACCUCUCCCCUCCAUACUCCGUCUCUCCUCCACCGUCUCCUUGUUACUCAAGCAGCUCUCCCACGUACCUCUCUGUCCCCUGCCAUUUCCCUUUCUCUCCCACCUUCUCUCCACUCUCCAGCGACUCUUCGUCCUCAUCUUUCAGUCUCUCGACGCCUGCCGUGUCUACAGUCCCAGGAGCUCAUGUUCAUGGCUCGAGUCCCUCCUGUCAGCCUCGGACUCUGAGACGAGCUCUGUUUCACAACCAGACACAGUCUGUGUGGAGGCCCUGGUGAGCAGAACCCAAAACACUUAGUGGCAUCUUCCCAUCAGAUCUCAGAUCUCCCUUCAGCCAGUGAGUGAAGUGAAGGCGAGUGAGAAACACCAGGAGCUCUGUGAUCAGCUCACGUGUCUCGGCUGUUAUUAUUGUUCAUGUAUAUGUUCUGCAGUCUUUGCUAUAACUCCACUGUCACAUUCUUUCUUUGUUCUGCACACUACUUUCCUAUCUAAAAUACUUUAUUGCAUACAAAUUGUGUAUAUACAUAUAUAUAUAUUUAUAUUUAUUUUGUCUCUAUUUUACAUUGUAAAUUAACUUCACAUUUCUUUCUUUUUUUUACUAAAUAAAUCUAUAUAAUAUUG